AUGACAAUCAAUUCCAGAUACUCAUCUCGUAAAAAAAACAAGAAGGAAACGAUCAGAUAGGCAUCAACUAUAAAUCCAAUCUAAUAAAUGAACAGCAUUGAUUAAUUAACAGGGAGGAGUAGUUCAAAAUUAACAAGCUCUAUGUUAAUUGUUAAAUAGGAAAGAAGAAAUACAGCAUCGCCAACGAAAAUUAUGCGUAUUCUAUCCCUUUGUUAGGAUGAAAACAUGUAAUAAUUGGCUGAUGUUUUGGGAGAAAUCAGUAGAAUAGAAUUAGAAACUGAUCUCAAAUAAAAGAGUUAAACCUUGUUAUUGAGAAAUAUCAGAAUUAAUAAACAACAAUUCAUCAAGUUUUUAGAAAGAACCUAUCCGAUAAUCAUUUGCCAAUAAAUUGCUAAGGCAUUUAAAGUUCCUCAAGUCAUGAGUGUUCAAGAAUAUAAAUAGAUGAUCGAAAAAUUGGAAAAUUUAGAUCUGAAAUCUUAGAUUCGACUAUGCUUUCUCAUUUACGAUUAUAACAAUUAGGGAUACAUUACUACUCAUGAUUUAGUUGAAAUACUUAAAUAUAACAAUAAUUAAGCAGUCGAAAAGGAUUUACUACAUAUGAUCAAAUCAACGAAAACUUAAAUAUCAAACUAAAUCAAUAAUGACAUUUAGUAAAACCAUCCCCUAGUUCUCCCAACAAGUUUACUUAGAGUCAAAUUAGAUAGAAGUGUCAUUAUAAAUUAGAGAAGACAGUCAAUAAUAUCAUAUGAUGGAAGAGGUCGUUGUAUUAGUAGAAUUAGCCAAAAGAACUCUCCUGAUUUAAGUGUAGAACUUGAUUAAGAUAAUAUUUAAUAAACUAAGAAUACAACAGCAAUGAAAAAAGUGUUAUUAAUAACAUAAAUUCAUAAAAUGGAAUCAAAUACUAAUUCUACAAAUAAUUUAAUUCAAGGAUUAAAAAAUUAUAAAGCGGAGGACUAAAAAAAAAAGAAUAAAACUGUUAAGGAUGAAAAUAAAAUUAGUACAGACUUGAGUGGAUUUAUUAAUAUAUGGUUUCCAAAUAAGCCAAAUAUAUUUUAUGAUAUUAUAAGAACUUUAACUGAAAAGAGUUGA